AUCUCUAUUCGCGUGAGCGAGAGAGGGCACGACCCGUGCUCAUUCUCGUCGCGACCGUCCUAAUUAAUACUUACUGUUUGUUAACUCACUGUAAGUAUCCAGUACUUGUCGCAAGCACGACGCAGAAUCAAUCUUUUUUAUUGAACUCCGUCACAGUCACGAAAAAGCGAAAAGGAUAUCAUGGUGUUCUCCUCGUCACCAGUUCUUCGCUUGGCGGUUGCCGCUCUAGUGUGCCCUGCUGCAGCUGCCUCUGGCGCAGCCAGUACUGUGCUUUCAAGUCCUCUGCGAUCAGUGCCAGCUGCAGCUUCCACAGCAGCUCCACGGAAGGACGUAUCGUCGUCGAGCACAUCGCCGAAGAAACCGGCUGACUUUUUGGAGGGAAAUGAAAAUCAAAAAGUCGCAAAGGCGGAGCAAAAGAAAGUCGCACAAGAAGUAAAAUCUACGGUCGAGAAGAGCGAAGCUGAAGAAGCGGAGCAAGUAAAAACCAACUCGACAUCUAAUGCAGCCUCGGUGCCGUUUCGUGGAGCGCUCAAGAACUCAAUGUGGACCAAGAUGAUGACGGAUGGCGUCAACAAGCCGAACUGCACUGACUACAAGAAAUAUGCAAGAAAAUUGAACUCCUUUGAUGCUAGAAAAAUUGCGACACGAAUGUACUAGGAGAGAAUAGAUGCAACGAAAUUGCUGCAAUUUAUCUUGAUCUAUUCUACCGAUUCCACCUACCUAAUCGAUUGCCAUUGCUGCUAGAAUCUUAAAAUGAUCAUUUUCUUCAUCUCAUUUUUUUACAUUUUCAUAUUUCUUUUUCACACUCUAAUCAACGAAUGGUGUGGGUCCUGUGACGGACCAGGCAAGCUGCCGCGAGGCAUGCCAGACAGGUGAGGGCCUCUCAGAGGUGUGUGGACGGCUGGCCAACUACAAUCCAGAGAGAAAGAGCUGCACUUGCUUUGCCGGCAAAAACUGCAAUGAUCACAGCAGCUAUCGCACUAUCUGCCUCACAAGCUCCAGUUCUAUGCGAGCCGAAUGGCGAAUGAUUGGCAUGGCUGUGGCCCUCAUGUUCCUUUUUUAAGGCCCGCGAAGAAGUCAAAACAUGUUAUUUACAACUAGUUCUCUUUUUCUGUGUAAGUACUGCCUUGUCAUUUCUAUAGCUCUAAUUUGUUGCGCUGACAACGAAUGUUAAGGUGUGAAAGCGAGGACUGCGGAACAAAGUUUGUUUACUGGAAUCGACGAGAGACGAUGUAAAAUCGGAAGGAUUUGUAUUACGUAGAAGAAUUAAAAGUAGGUCUAGAUUAUCUAACAUUUUCUUUUCCCAGAGAAAUUUGAUGAAAACUACGGAUGAGAUGAAUAGGCACUCGCAAUAUUAAAGAACUAAGAGAGGGAAGAGUAGACUUGACGAAGAUUGAGGUCAAGACGGACUACUUGAAAAUAUGGCACCACUUCACGACCUAUGCACAGUAUUUUUUUCCCGACAGCCGUACCAGCACCCAAGAAGAUGCCGACGAUUCCAAGAGUGACCAGAUGUGAUCACGCGUUAGAAUGCUACUUUCACAUUGAGCGCAUUCGCGAAGCCAAACGCGUCCAGAGUUCGCCAAGACUUCGUACUUGUACACGGCUACCAUGACUCUCUGUCUGUUCCAG